AUGAGUGUGACAUCAUGGUUCCUAGUGAGCAGCUCGGGCACUCGACACCGCCUCCCCCGAGAGAUGAUCUUCGUGGGUCGAGAGGACUGCGAGCUCAUGCUGCAGUCUCGCAGCGUGGACAAACAACACGCUGUCAUCAACUACAACCCGACUACCGAUGAACAUCUGGUGAAAGACCUGGGCAGCCUGAACGGGACGUUUGUGAAUGACCUGCGGAUUCCUGAUCAGACCUACAUCACCCUCAAACUGUCCGACAUCAUCCGCUUCGGAUAUGAUUCUCACGUCUAUGUUCUGGAGAAAAGCCAACACAAAGUCCCAGAGGAGGCUCUGAAGCAUGAGAAGUACAGCAGCCAGCUGCAGAUGAGUCUGAAAGUUUCAGAGGGGAAGAAGAGUGAAACGGAGGAGCGUCCGAAAGGCGAGAAAACGCCGGGCACCAAGAGCCUGACACAGGAGGCUCCAGUGUGUCGACCCACUCCUCUGUAUGGGCAGCCCUCCUGGUGGGGAGAGGAGGAUUAUGGGAGCAAAGUCCAGGGCAGCGAUGAGCCUCAUCCAGAUGUACAGAAAGAUGCUUCAUCUGUGGAUCCAGAUUUUUCUGCAUCUCUGUCAGACUCCCAGCCAAAGACCGUCUUCCCUUCGUACCACCGUGAGCCGAGCUACUUUGAGAUCCCCACCAAGGAUUUCCAGCACCCCAAAACCUCGGGGGCGGAGCUCCACGAGAUCCCCACCAAGGACACGGACACACCCCCGGCCCCACCCUCCCCUCCCACUCCGACCCCACCUGUCGUCCAGAGCCACGCCUCCUUCACCAUCGAGUUCGAUGACUGCAUGCCCGGCAAGAUCAAGAUCAAAGACCACGUCACAAAGUUCUCCACCCGCCAGAGGAAGCCUCAGGCUCCCCCCAGCAAGACAGCCAUCACGGCUGCACCUGCAGAGGUGAUGUCAGCAGAAAGCAAAGUGGCCGAUUGGCUGGUCCACAGUGAUGUCAGCAUGAUGAGGAGACGUCCGCCGUGUGAAGACGUUUACAGCACCAAGAGUGACCUUGCAAUGAACAUCAAGACCCUCAAAGGUCACCAUCAUGAGGAUGGAACCCAGAGUGACUCAGAGGAUCCGGUUCUCAAAGGGAGAAGUAAAUCCCACCACUCUGUCCACUCCCACACCUCCAUCCAGUCCGAGCAGUCUGAGGCAUCCCAGCAGGCCGUCCAAUCAGGUCAGCCUGUCCACUCUCAGCUGCCUGCUCCAACACAGAAGCUCCACCAGCCGCUGCAGUACUCUCCCCCCAGACAGGCCCCAGCCUCACCUGUGGCCCCCGAGCGGCCCCUGUCCCAGAGCCCUCCUCAGGCUCCAUCCCCCACAGAAGCACCCAAACAGGGGCCCCCCGAGCACCUCACCCAGCAGGCCUUCAUCAUUGAGUUCUUCGAUGACAACCCGCGCAAGAAGCGCUCGCAGUCCUUCACGCACAACCCUGCUCAUGCUGACUCAUACUCCGCCCUCAAGGCCAAGCUGGAGCGUCGGAAAGGUGGCGAGAGGCCGGCUUCUGUGCACGGUCACAUCCCUCCCACCCAGCAGGUGACGGUCCCUCUGAAGGGUCAAGGCCACAGUGGGCCCCAGAGGUCGAGCUCUCUGAAAAGGGAGAAGACGGAGGGAGAAGUGGCUUCGUCAAGUUCCUCCUCACGCUCCUCGUCGGGCAUUGUCAUCAGACCUUUUGGCAGUGUUGGGAAGAAGUCGAAGCUCGCCCAGGAGUUUGCUGCGGAAUUUCUGAAAGAUUCGGGUCAUAAGGACUCCUCCCCAACCAGGGAAAAGACAUCACCUCCACCGAUGUCGGCACCGCCGGUCAUGAUGUCGCCUCAUCAUGCAAGGAUUCCUUCACCUCAAGAGCCUCCAGCACCUUCUUCAGUCUCCUACCCCUCCUCCCCCUUACAGCCCUCAGCAAUCUCAAAGUCCUCCAUCCCAACCAACAUUCCCAGUCAGACUGCUUCUCCAGUCCAUCCGUCAGAUCCUACCAUGUCCCCUAUGCUGGCCCUGGGCAUCCGUGGAGGAGACCCCAAAGGUUCCCCAAGGAUGAUAAGGAACGAGGAGGAUGACAGUCUGAGUGAUGCUGGGACCUACACCAUCGAGACGGAGUCGCAGGACAAAGAGGUGGAGGAGGCUCGCAACAUGAUUGAUCAGGUGUUUGGUGUCCUCGACUCUCCAGAGUACAGUGGUGUGAACACAGGAGUGUAUAGACCUGUAAUAAAUGAUGGCAAGGAUGAGCAAGCUAACCUGCCUAGCGAUGGUAGCACUGUGGACCCCUUGCAUGGCUUUAUCCCAGCUGCUAUCAGCGGCCCACCAACAGGCCCCAUACAGGUUCCAGCUGCAGCAAGUCUGGAAGGACCUAAGUGGGUUUCCCGUUGGGCGAGUCUAGCAGACAGCUAUGGCGAACCUGGUUCCACCCCACCUCAAGGGGAAUGUCUAGAAGAUUUGCGGUUCAUGAGCCGGUCGAUGGGAGGCUACAGCUAUGACAACUCAGAGUCAGAAUCAAGCCACAGCUCAAGGACAAGAAGGCUGCUGCCCCAGGUGCCUCCAGAGAAGCUGGAUAGUGUUGCCCCGAGCAUCCUUAUUCGCCAUGAAUCUUACCAAGGCCAGGAACCUCUGGACAGAGUCUCUGGUCCUCCUCGCCCACAGGACUCCACCCAGCGCCUGUCAGUUCAGGAUGACGUGGACCCAGACAGCCUGAGUGAUGCCAGUCGCUCAGAUGACACACCUGUUCUGGAGAAAACAAAGAAGAGUCAGGCCAGGACCGGAGCUACGUCUCCAGGGGCCGCUGUUCCUCAGUUUAAAGGUCCAGAGAAAGUGUCUCCAUCCACCAAAUCCACCUCCUUCUACAUUGGUUCUGGAGACCAUCCAGGUAAACCUGAUCCGGCCCGGAGCCCAGUACAGUCUGAGAGGACACGAGAACCCCCGGCUAAAACUCCCCCUACCACUGUCCUGAUCCGACACCUGAGUGGACAUGAACCCAAGAGGACAGGUGUCAAACCCAACAGCUCCGCUCCAAAUCUGCAAACACAGGACAAGGAUUCUGUCCCCACUAAAGACGGCUGCAUGUCGUCCUUUGUCCGGCAGGAGAGUUUCACCAAAGACCGGCCCAGUGAUACUGUCCAGAUGAAGAAGCUUCCCCACAUCUCCAGCCACCCGUCCAUUAGAGACAUGGAGCAGAGGAGAGAGAACAUGCAGGACAUGCAGCCCUUCCUCCAGGAGGCUGAGGGAACUCUGUCCUCUCUGGACACCAAGUUCCCGUCCUCCGGUUCCGGUCGCAGCUCAAAGAAGGGGGGCUCCUCCAGUCAUAUGGAUGACUCCCUGUCUGGUGAGUCGGAUGUGGACACAGCGAGCACUGUGAGUCAGGUGAGUAGCAAAAACGCUCCAGUCAGCACCACAUCUAAAAAGCGCCCUGCCAUCAGCAGCCUUCAGAAGGAGAAGUCCUCUUCCAGCCCAUCCAUCCAAGAAAAAGGACGACAACUCAGCGCCCGCGAACGGCUUUCUGAGAAACGCCGGAGCCAGGUGACUACUGAUACAUCAAGCAAGGCAGAGGCAGCAAAGCGUUUCCAGAUGCGCCGCAGUGCGGGCAACCGUGGCUCUCUGGAUCUGUCUGAAGGCCAGCAGGGUUCUGGUCCACACUGGACUGAAACAACAUCAUCGGAUCAUGAAACUUCCCGUCCAUCCAGCCGCAGCAAGAAAAUCAUCGCCCCUCUUCAGAAAGAAGACAAUGGAAAGACACCCAAGACAGCGACUCAGCAGGUUCUGACACGAUCCAACAGCCUGUCAGCCCCACGGCCAACCCGGGCGUCAAUGCUUCGUCGAGCGCGCCUGGGCGAGGCCUCAGAUAAUGAAGGUGCUGAGACUGACCGGGGCUCCCAGAACUCUGACCAUAUCGCUGCACCUGCUAAAGUGUCCUCCGAGGGGAAGAAGCUGUCCAGGCUGGACAUCUUAGCGAUGCCCAGAAAGAGGACUGGCUCCUUCACGGCUCCCAGUGACAAUGAGACGUCCUCUACAGGCCGGCCUGGUUUCUCCAAUCGGAACUCUGAAACUGUUGUCACCACCAGGAAGACAUCAGUGGGCGAUGCCCGGCAGGCUGCUAGUAGAGGCAGCGGAGCUCCAGGGAAGCAACCACUGACCCGUACCCGGUCCAGUGGAGCCAAGUACCCAAGCACAGGUUCCCGUCGCAGACAGAAGGGUUCGGACUUCUCCUCUUCUUCUGAGGAAGAAUACGAGACAGCUGCCGGUACUUCUAAAGCGAAACGCUCCUCCCAUCCAUCCACGUCCGCCCAGACGCCACGCAGCCAUCGGACAGCCGCCACCAGAACCAAGUCUGUCUCCCUGGAGACGGAGGAGGACGAGGACCAGAAUGACAUUGACCCUUACCAGAACUGGUCCACGCACAGUGCCGAGAUUGCUAAGCUCAGUCAGGAUCUGGCUAAAGACUUGGCAAUCCUGGCGAAAGAAAUCCAUGAUGUUGCAGGGGAUGGCGACUCACCAAGCUCCGGCAUGGGCACCACCACAUCACCCAGCUCACUGCCCAACACGCCGGCCUCCACCAUCUCUGCCAGGGAGGAGACGCCAUCUUAUCCAUACUUGCGUGGGGUUCGACCAUCUCAGCUGGUCCAACAUAUCCCUGAGGCCAGUUUAAACUACCAGAAGGUUCCUCCAGGUUCUACUGCUGUCUCGGACCUGGACGCAAAUAUGAAUGAGCCAGACCCCAGUUCUAAGCAACGGCGUCCGUGGAACCGCGAAGAGGUGAUUCUGGACAACCUGAUGCUGAAUCCAGUGUCUCAGCUCUCUCAGGCCAUCCGGGAGAACACCGAGCAGCUGGCUGAGAAAAUGAAGGUUUUGUUCCAGAACAAAGCAGAAGUCUGGGAGGAGAUCGAGGCAAAGAUCAACGCUGAGAAUGAAGUCCCCAUCCUGAAAACCUCCAACAAGGAAAUUACCUCCAUUUUGAAAGAACUGAGAAGAGUUCAGAGGCAGCUUGAAGUUAUAAACACCAUCGUGGAGCCUGGUGGGAGUCUUCAGACUGCAGCCGUCGGGACGUCGUCUCACGGUCAGACUCGACCGUCCUCGAGAGAGAAGAAACCCGCCACCAAACCCCGCGGUGCCACCUCGACCUCCAACGCCAAUGAAAGCACCAAACGACCACCUCGUGGCCCCGACGGGGGCCACUACAUGGCCUGA